GCCUUUAGGGAAGUUAUUAGAGCUGGUUAUUUGCAUGUGAAAACUCGAAUCCUCAGCUGGUGUUAGGUUCCCACAGAGACUCGCAGGUAAGUACACCUUUGCUUUCACUCGUUGUUUCCCUCCUUGUUGGUGCUGUUUUGUUGGCUCGGAUAGGCAGACGUCGCCUUGCUCUUUGCUGUCCCCAGUUAUUUACUGUCACACUGAGACCCGCUGGAAUUACACUGAAGUGCCAUGGGAGUUCGCCGGUGGAUUUGAUAAGAACUGCUACAGUAAGUCAAACUGAGAAACUCCCACACGUGUGACUGAAACUUACUUUUUAAAAAGAACACUGUUACUUUCUGUCUCCAUCUGUGUCUUAGUCAUACAGCUGAAGCCACUGACAGCCUGAAGUUAUAAACACAAUGUAAGACUUGUUCUGGCAUGUCACUGAAAGACGCAAUUUCAUUGACACUCCACAGUAGCUUUUUUCAUUGAAUGAUCUGUGGGGCUCAUACUGUAUAUGUGUGUUUUUGCCCAAAUAUAAUGUAUGCUUUCAAUAUAUAUAUACUACUUGUUAGAUAUCUGCUGAGAGUUAUAUGGCUCCCUUGGAGAAAAGAUGUAGCCUACAAGGUAAUCUGUUUUCGGGGAAGUUAAAACAACAUGCUGUACGCAGGUCACUUUAUUAACACAGGAGCUGUGUAGGCACUGUCCAAUGGAACCUCAAGGCAAUGUACACUAUGACCAGUGGCUUCUGAGGUGGCUAGAAGUGUUCUGUACACACUGUUUCAUGGUUUAUGGCCAUUCAGAAGCUGGACCUUAUUUAUUCACCUGUGACAGAUGUAAUGAAUCCUUUGUAUUAUACCAUUGAUAAAUUGUCUGACUUAAUUUUACUGCUACUAUCAGUGAUAAUCGUUGUUAAUGACUUGAGCGAAUACUUAACAGCAAUGACCUCAGCUGUUAAUUUAAUUCUGAAUUGUUUAGGUUUGUGGUGCGUAAAGUGAUUAUUGAAUCAGAGUGAUUGUCGGUUGGCUUAAUUUGAGAGAUGAGACAAUUUAAAAUGACCCAGGCUUGUAGAACUUGGGCAGUUUAUUGAAUUAGAUUGACCAUCAGUUUCCUAAAGUUUGUAGGUGAGAUAAAGUGUCUCAGUGUAGUUGUAAUUUUUAGCUAAGAUGUGAAUGAUUCAUGUCAAACUUAAGGGUAUUAAAAUCAACCUUCAUAUCAGUAUACAUGCCUGUUAUAUUUAUAAUUUGAAUUGUAAAUAGUUGGUUUUUGUUUCACUUUCAAAAAUGUAAAAACAACUGACAAUGACAGUGACGAUGACAAAUUUGCCGACAAGGGCUUUGACGUACAAAAACCCAUCCAUCACACUCAUGGAGAGACAAUUGGUCUUCUAGUUGAACAAGUUGAACAUUUUCCAGGUAAGGGUGUUUGUGCUACAUGUCCCCUCUGGUAUAGUUACCAGACAAAUCAGGACAAGCUCUCUCGUUCCUUCUUGCACUUGGUAUCAUGUGAGCUCAAGUGCCUCCAGACUUACUGCCCUUGUGCUCACCUAUUCCCUCCAGUCUCCUGAGGUCACAUGUUUAAGACUGUGUAUGUGUGUGUGUUUAAUACUCUAGAACAGUUGGAGGUUGUCUGUUAAAAGAAUCACACAAUAAUCUGAUUGUCCACUUUCGCUUCUGAUUACAAAUGAUUUAUGUAGGAUGAGUGAAGAUGCUAACCCAUGACCCUUUACAGGGCAUAGUAAUGAUAGUGAGGGUCUACUGGCUGAUUGCAUAAUUGAUGGCAAAUCACAGCAAAGAUGGGGCUUGCCCGCUCCCAGGCUAAUAUUCCACACUAGACUUGUGUCAUCAUAGCUAAUGCUCAGCCAUCUUUUUCACUUGUUCUGGCUUUCAGUAGUAGUUUCAAAGAUUCAGUAGUAGUUGCAAAGAUUCAGUAGUAGUUUUAAAGUUUCAUUAGUUCUGGUUCAACGCGGAAUAGACAUUUCUCCACUGUUGUUUCCAUCAGUGUUGAUCCAAUAUUUGCCACGCAUUGUCCUCUCAUCAUUGCGAACAUUAAAAUGGCUAUGCCAGGAAAUGGGUGUCCAAAAUGUUGUUGUUAAUAUGAUCAUAAAUCAAUAUUCAAUUAUUUUGACUUAAUUUAUCAGUUCCCGGAUGUGAUUAUUCAACAUCUUUUUAUCUUGUUUCAUAGGGUUGUGACCUUUACUGAAAAGCGCAGGUGCCUUCUGCCCCAGCCAUGCUGGAGUCCCAUCUCUCCGUGCUCUCCUCUAUUCACGAUGAGGACACCUAUGUGCAGCCGCACUACCGGGAGGCGUACCGGUUGGCCAUCGACGCCCUCGUCAGUAGCGGCCAGGACGCCUACCGGGAGGUCCUCAAAGCUGACCGGGUCGGCAGCUUCCUCUCGGAGGACGAGCUCCUCUUCAUCGCCCGGAGUACUGAGCAGCCCGAGGUGGGCAACCACUUGGGAGAGGUCGAUGGCUCCCCGGACAGUCCGCCUUCGUCCGGCACGUACUGGCCCACGCACUCGGACGUGGAGACCCCCAACCUGGAGCUGGGCUGGCCCGACAUCAUCCACGAGAAUAUCCAGACCAACGUGGAGCUCCUGUUUCACCCGCCCAGACUAAACAGCCCCACCAUAAAGGAGGUGAUUCGGAAACACAUUCAGGAUGCCCAGGAGGUCAUUGCCAUCGCCAUGGAUGUCUUCACCGACGUGGAUAUAUUCAGGGAGAUUGUGGACGCAUCCAUGAGAGGAGUCCUUGUCUAUGUCCUCUUGGACCACUCUCAGUUCCAAAGCUUCCUCACUAUGGCAGAGAGUCAAGACAUUCAAAUACGCAAGCUGAGGAACAUGCGGGUCCGCACGGUGAAAGGACAAGACUACCUCUGUCGAACGGGAGCAAAGUUUCAUGGGAACAUGGAACAGCGGUUUCUGUUGGUCGACUGCAAGACUGUGUUCUUUGGAUCCUACAGCUUCAUGUGGUCCUAUGAGAAGAUCAACCUGAGCAUGAUUCAGGUUAUAACUGGCCAUCUGGUGGCAUCUUAUGACGAGGAGUUUCGAACUCUUUACGCGCGCUCCACCGCCCCCCUGGAGCUGGCUUCUCUCGACAACCAGCUGGGUGAGACGAGGCCGAGUGGCAAAGUGGAGAUGUGUGGACCUCAGGCCUUCAAUAGAAAGUACCACCUGCGUCACACUCUCAAUACCGUCUACAAGCAAACCUGUGAGAGGCAAGGCUUCGGGAGUCACAUGGCAGGCAUUGAGGAACAACUGCCCGAUUACGACCCGCGCAGUCAUGAGCCAAUAAUUCAUCAACGGCCGUGUGAUUACACAUCAGCGACAGAUGCCACAAGUUUCCUGAAAAGGCACAGCUACGCUGGAGAAAGGCAGGAGGUCACUUACACUCCUCCCUACACGAGGUUUGGAGCCAGCAACUGGAAUGUGGCAGAGAACAGAGGAGGCAACAGACACCACAUCCCUGGUGGUUUCAAUGACCCACAAUAUCGCGCUCCUCCGUUUGACAACAUCCAGCGGAACUCCAACAUACGUCAGACUUACCAUGGCAAUGGAGCACAUUUCAUGUCCACACAGCAGAACAAGCCCAGUUUUGAGCAGAUGUCCAAGUCAAUCAUGCGUGAUAGGAGGGUAGAGUCCUACCUAAGUAACAGUGGUGCCCCCAUCCCGGAGAGCCAUGAAUACAUGGACCAGUUUGAUGUACCUGACAUCAAGCCUGCUUUGCAUCUGCACUCCCGCCUGAGAUCUUCAAUUGUUUUCACGUCCGCCAUUCCCGAGCAACCGGAGAUAAAUGGGUACACAGACAUCUCUUCAAAGUCUGUAAGGCGUAGUGACCAGUAUGGCUUGGCACCCAGUAAAUACGUACAGUCACCCCCCUCCAUGAAGUGGAAUCAAUCUGAGGCGGUGGACUACAAAGGAAUGCACGAGAACUUCAUGCUGAGGAGACGCAGUCUGCACAUAAACGAUGAGCCAUUGCCCUCUGGGAACUGUAGUUCGGGAAGAGACUAUUAUUACGCCAGUCUAGGUAGAAAUGGAGGGAGAACAGUAUGCAAGGACCAGGAUACCCUGCAAGAAAACGGAUUUAAGAGACACAGUGUGGCUGUCGGAGGCAGAGAGUCUUCAAGUCACAUGUAUGGUGUGCUAAUGAGGGAGCGUGAGGAAAGAAAAACAGCUAGAGCAAACAUGGGAAGCAGGGGGUUUGCUGAUAACCUGAGUGGAGAUCAAAGAUCCAUCUCCAAUGUGUCCUCUCCAAAGAUCCAUAGUGAUUCCAAAGGGACUGCAGAGAGCAAACCUUCCUCCGAGUCAACAUGCCAGGAGCCCCCUUCCAGGACUUCAUCCGCCACCCUGUUGGAACUGCGAGACAAAGAGCGAGCUAGGCCCAGCGUCAUCGGCUCGCCACAGUUCUUCAAAAGGAAAAUCAAAUCUCUCCUCAACAUAUCUGAGAAGAGAGAUACCUCGCCCAAGAGCAAGGGCAGAUUGCACCUCAAAGUGGGGGUAGGCAGCUCUGACACGUUAGUCUCCGAGGAUGAAGAGCAGGGCGGUGAUGGAGAGAGGAAGGAGCGCAGCGACACGGCCAGCUCAGCAAGGACCACGGGGAGCCCCGGCCGCUUGAGGUCUCAUGGCCCGAAUGAUGUGGGCCGAUCGUCAGCGCCUCGUUUCAACACGGAGGAGGUUGGCCUGAGGCCGGCUGCAGGUCACGACGUUCCAAAACCACCAAGUCAGCCUUCUAGUGAUCACAGCAUUAGGUCAAGCGUCACGGCACGAGAGCUCAGGCGCAGGGAUCAAUAUGGAGACAGCAGACUGUACAGUCGUUUUGAAUCCUCCAACGGACCAGAGAAGCGGCCAUCGGGCUACAGUCAGCAAAAUGAAUCAAGAACAAGCAGCCCAGCCAAUGACAGACACAGGGGCUCUACCUCUGUCAAAAAGGACUAUUCAGACAAAACAAAUCACUCAGACCUCCAUACCCAUUCCUGCCACGACAACAAACUGGGCCGACUGUUCCAGCGAGUUGGAAAUUUCAUCCAUAAAAAGACGUAA